UGAAACACGCUAGAGUAAUAUAAAUUUUUAGCAUAAUUGCAUUUUUUAAAUUAUAUUUUAUUAAAAAAUGUCUUAUUCAAUGGGGAACGAAUCACAAAUCAAAUUUGGCAUUUAUAAAGCCAAAGAGAAUCCCCAUGAAUUAUUUGAUAGAUUGGCUAAACCAAAGACAUUAGAAUUGGAGCCAAGAGCUACAUUUUUGAAGGUGGGAGCAGUAUCAAAUGUUAAGGGAUCUGCUUAUAUGGAAUAUGGUAACACAAAAGUUAUGGCCCAAGUUGAACCACCUAAGGAAAUUAGCAAACAGAACAAUAGAUGUGGCACGCUGGGUAUAGUUAUAUGCAGUGUUAAAUAUGCACCAUUUUCAAACAUGGCCAAUGAAAUUAUAGCACGCAAAGAAAGUUUUAUGAGUGUAGCUUUGAAGAAAGCCCUGGAACCGGUAAUAUGUCGUCAUGAGUUUGCCAAUUUUCAGUUGGAAAUAAAAGUGUUGAUCAUAGAUGAUGAUGGUUGUGCUUUAAGUACUGCCAUUAAUUGCUGCGGGGUAGCUCUGAUAGAAGGUGGCAUACCAACCUAUGAUCUGAUAACAUCCUCAACUGUGUGUCUGUUGAAGCAGCAGGAAUUUAUUAAUCCCACAGCUGAUGUUGAAGAUUUACUGUUAAGUCUUUCCGGUAGUGAUGAGAAAGAUGACGCUGUAGAGGAGCAUGGUAUAAUUGUUACUGCCAGUCUAUCAGCUGUUGGCCAAGUCACAGAAUGUUUUCAAAAGGGUUAUAUUCUACCAGAGACAUUAGAACGUUUAUGCGAACACUCUUUGGCCGUAAAUCAACGAAUGUUAGACACUAUACGCCAUGUAUUGGUCAAUAAAGUUAAAAAAUAUAUUGCCUUGCAGCAAGAAAGUGCUGACGAGGAAUUAGACGCCAGCGAAUCAUAAAAUAAAUAAUGAACCACCACAAAUACAUAGAUUUUCCAGAAAUCAACGAUUUUAUUUUUUUAAUUUUUGUAAAGAAAACAUUUUUUUCCUGAAUAUAGACCUAAAUACAAAGAAUUUCGAUUUUAGAAAUAUCA